UGUCACUAUAUCACUAUAUGAACAGUAUGAAAAAAGAACACGAAUUUCAAUUUUUUUUUUUUUAUCUGAUCAUGUGCAAAUGCAUAAACAUCAUUGUUUAUUUCUAAAUUUAUCAGAUAAUGGUUUGCUUCAAUUAUAACUGAUUAUCAAAAUAAAAAACAUUUCUUGUGCGAGAAAGUACUUCAAAAACGUCUGAUAUUUUAAUUUUCACAAGCUUUUUUAUACGAUAUUUCAAGUUUUUCAUAUUCAAUAUAUUCAAUAACUUUGUGAAUUACUAGUUGAACGCCUUCCUACACAGUAGUUAUUUUUAGAAAAAUCAUGACUGAAAUAAAUGCAAAAAGCUCUACAUCUCUCACAAUACAUCAAAAGGAUUCUUCUAAUGUACAAGAAACGGUAUCUAGCCCUAGUUCAAGAAGAACUGAUUCUUCUGAUAACCAGAGUAUUGAAAAAGAAAACAACCAGAGCUCCAAUCAUGAAGAGCUAAAAGCAUCCACCGGGUUAAAACGUAAGGCUUCAACGGCAUCUCUUACGGAAGCUAAACGCAAGCGAUCAAUUGAGAAUCAAGUCCCUGAAGAAAGUAGUUUGGAGCCUGUGGAGCCUGAAGAUAAAAUUAAAAAUUUAAUAUUUCAUGUGGAUUCAUUAAAAGCAGAAUGUAUAUGGAAAGAUAGCCAGAUAGAAAAACUUAAGGUUGAACUUGCCGAGAAAGAAGAAGAAAUUAAAAGACUCCUGGCAACAAACAACCGGUACAAGUCAGGUCUUGCCUGUAUCAUUUGUACAGGUUAUUUGGCGAAUCCUUGCACGAUCAAUUGUGGCCAUUCGUUCUGUUAUUCUUGUCUUCGAGAAUGGUUAAAGACGAAUAGAGAAAAUGGUUCCAAUUGUCCCUCGUGCCGGGCUAAGAUUACAACUUAUCCCGUACUUUCAUAUGUCUUGAAAGAUCAGGUUGAAGCGAUGAUUGAGCAGCUUUCAUCUGAAGAGAAAAAAGGAAUCCUAGAAACUCUUGAAAAGGAAGAUCAAAUAUACAAACAAAUAUCUGAUCAUUGGGCUGGAAUAUUCGACCCAUCAGUUCGUCCACUAGUUGACGACGAAGAUGGUGUGUUGAGGUGUCCAAACUGUGGAUGGGAAGUGGAAGGUUCUGUCUGUCGAAAUUGCAGGCAGCGUAUUGACAUAGAGAAUAGAGACUGUGAUUCUGUCAGUAAUGAUGACAAUGACGAUGAUAAUUCGGAAAUUGAUAACGGGAUCGAUACCUAUGAUUCUAAUGACUCAUUUAUUGACGAUGGUUCUGAUAUAGUAGUAGAACCACAAGUUAUAGAUUUAUUUGACACAGACGAUUACAGAGAUUUCGACGCUGGCCAAAUGAGUCCUAACGAAUCAUAUGUCAUUGAUGAAUACGAAGGUGAGAGCCGGUCGCUCAACGCUAUAGUAAUAAAUGGUAGUUCAUCCGAGUUAAGUGAGUUAAAUGAGUUGGGUGAAGAGCAAAGUGAAUGCGACAGCAUUGGAGAAAAAAAUGAUGUCAUUGUCAUUUCAAGCGAUGGUGAAGAUGAUGAUGAUGAAGAGAAGAGUUUACGUUCUUUUAAUUCAAAUGGAAACCAACCAUGUUCUCCAUUAUCUCCAUUUGUGACUAAUCCUUCUUCUUGUGAACCAGGUUCAGAAGUUGAAUAUGCCGAGCGUAACUCGGAUAUUCAUAUUUCAGGUGAUUCUGAUGGUUCUCGUCACGUACAAACCGACGAUUAUAAUCAUGAUCAUGAUUAGCUUGCCUUAUAUAUAUUUAUCAUAAAAAUUUAAUUUAUUCCCGUAUAAAGGUGAUUGCUGCUUAAAUACUAAAUCAAUCAAUCAUUCAUUAAUAAAUGGAAAUCAUUAAACACGUCAAUAAAAUAACGUCGUAUGAUUUUUAAUAUUAUAUAUUUACUGAAUGCAAAAUGACGAGAUUAUAAAAGUUGACAUUUUAAAUGAAUUAUUAAAUUUUUGAUUCAUCUUUUAUAAAUA